GCUCUGGCUCCCUGGGAGCCGGGGGCUCUAUGGUGCGUGGAGGGGGCUCCAGCCGCAGAGCGAGGCGGCUUCGUGGCCAGGUGGGAGGCCUCGGGCGGCAAGACUCCCAUCUCGAAUGAACUUGUUUUGUCUGGCUCCUGGUGAUCCUGGCUUUGGUGUGUCCCUGCUGCCUCUCGGAAGUUGCCCAUGGCUUUGAAGGCAGAAUCGCCCCUGGUGGACUACAUCGAAGUCUCUUCCUCCGUUCUGCGCUUCAAGGAGAAAGAGGAAGCUGCUGCAGAUCCCCCGUUGCCCAGCCGUACCCUGGUCAAGCAGGAUGGGGGCCCUACAGACGCCGUGAGCAGAGGGGAGCCUCCGGUCGCCAGAGUUGGCCCAGAAGAGCCGGGCGGCUCCUGGAGGCAGGAGUACCUGAUCGCCGAGCGCGCCGGCCGCCGCCAGCCCGUGUGCAUGGUGUGCGGAGGCCUCCUGAGCGCCUCGGGCCCCGCGGCCGCCCGCAGGCACAUCCAGCGGCAUCACGCCCACUCGCUGGGCUUCAGCCCGGAGGAGAAGCGCAACAUCCUGGAGGCCUGGAGCGAAGGGGCGGUGCUUCCCGCCGCCGAGCCGCCGCCCCGUCCCGCAGGCAGCCCCCGGGAGAGCAAGCGGCCUGCCGAGAUCGAAGUGCUCCUCGACUCGGAGGAGCAGCCGGCGAGUCGGAAGCGCGGGCAGCCGAAAGCACGCUGCGAGGUGGCCCGCCUAGACCCCGAGCGGCGAUCACAAAGUCAGCAGAGGAGAAACGGUUCAGGCAGUGCCAAAGAUGGGAGGAGCCACCAGCCCAUCCAGGCUGCAGGGAAAGAAUGGCUCUCCGAGUGCGGAGUCCCCGGCUCAGCGCCAGCUGAGAUCCGGAUCUUCACCGAUGGUACCUUCCCGGCUGGCUUUGCCUUAAAACUAUAUUGCCGGACUCAGCCAGAACCAGCCCAAGACACUGAAGCAAAACCAAAUGCGAGGCAGAGGACAGUGGAUCGCAAGUGCUCCGUCUCCUUGCUGCGGCUCCACCCCCCCGACGCCCCCCACCAUCCCGCCCCCUGCCCCCUCGGCCGCCCGGCCGGCGCCCGCGCCACGGACUGCGACGGCCGGCCGGGCCAGCAGGGCGCUGCGGUGGGCAAGCAGGAGGCCGCGCUCCUGGCCACGGGCUUCAACCCCGCCUGGCGCGCCCGCUUCCUCAUGGACUUCGACGCCGCCGCCGGCCGGCUGGUGUGCAUGGUGUGCGAGUACCCGCUGCGCCGCGCGUGCCUGGCCAGCAUCAAGCGGCACAUCCUGCAGUGCCACGCCGAGACGCUGCACCUGCCCCGCGAGGUCCGCCGCACCAUCCGCGAGGUCUGGGAGAGCCGCGGCCAGCCCCCCGCGCAAGCCCCCCGGAAGUGAGGGGGCCGGCCGGCCUGCCUGCGUCCACGCCGCCGCCGGCCCCAGCCGGGCGGCCUCGGGACACCUGACCACCGCUCCCAC